AUGCUUACUUAUAUCCUGCAUAAUAUCUUUGAUAUUCUUAACACUCCAACUAAUGUUAUUUUACUGUUGUUGGUGUUUAUCAUAACAUAUGGAUUGUUCAGUUUACGUAAACCAUCUGAAUUUCCACCUGGACCAAUGGGAUACCCGUUUAUUGGCUCUAUGAUAGAUUUGAUGAAGGAACCCCACCUAACUUUGACGAAAUAUGGCAAGAAAUAUGGAGAUGUUUUUACAAUGAAGAUUGGCAGUCAGCCUGUGAUUGUACUCAACUCCUUAGAUGUUAUUAAAGAAGCAUUGGUGAAGAAACAGAAUGAUUUUGCUGGGAGACCAUAUUUUUAUUCAUUGUCAAGUCUGAUGUCAGAAAAGAGUCAAAACAUCAUAUUUGGUGACUUCACUGCUAAGUGGAAACUGCAGCGAAAAAUAGGCCAUCAAGCCAUUAGAAAUUAUGCGAGCGGCGAAAAGCUAGAAUCUCUUGUACGAUGUGAAGCCUUUCCUACUUUCCAGAGAGCUGUCGCCCAAAACAAUGGAAGGCCAUUCCUUCCGAAACCACUACUUUUCCUGCUUGUGGGUAAUAUCAUAGCUUCCAUGUGUUUUGGAAAAAGAUACGAGUAUGAGGACCGUGAACUUCUGAAGUUUAUGCGUGUCUUGAAUGACCUGAGUGAAUCAUUAGGUAAUGGAAUAACAGCUGACUUUGUUCCAAUGUUCCGUUAUAUACCUACUCCUGGACACAUUGAAGUGAAAAAACGUGUGAAUGAAUUGCAAAAAAUAAUCCAAUGUAAGAUUGAUGAACAUAAAGACAGGCUUGAAAAAGGUAACAAAGAUGUUGAAAGUCUCAUCGAUGACAUCUUAUCAAUUCAGCGUGAAGCCGAGUCGGCUGGAGGAGAUCGUACCAUACAACUUACAGACGUCAAUAUACGUCAAACUGUGUCUGAUAUAUUCGCAGCGGGAUUAGAUACCACAAUCAACACAUUAAAUUGGUUCGUUGCUUACCUAACGUAUUACCCUGACGUGCAGUCCAAGGUACAGAGAGAAAUUGAUGACGUCAUCGGUGAUGGUCGUCUGCCACUGUUAUCUGAUAAGGGCAAACUACCCUAUUGUAAGGCCGUUAUACACGAGGUCAUGCGAAUAAGAACAGUUGUACCGCUUGCCAUACCUCAUACUACUACAGUGGAUACGUCUGUAGGUGGGUAUGUAAUACCGAAGAAUACAUGGAUAUGGUGUAACCUGUGGAAUGUCCAUAUGGAUGAGAAACAUUGGGAAGAACCAGAAACGUUUCGGCCAGAACGAUUCUUAGAUUCCGAUGGAAAGAUGCUACCUAACCUAGAUGGUUACAUGCCCUUUUCAGCUGGACGCCGAGUAUGUGUGGGAGAAGCAUUGGCCAAGAAUCAACUGUUUCUCCUUUUUAUAAGUAUAUUUCAACAGUACACGUUCAAGGUGCCAGCUGGCGGCAAGAAGCCGUGUUUAGAGCCACAUUGUGCCGCUCAGGUCAUAAAAUGUUGUCCAUAUAAAGUCAUUGCCAUUGGUAAUAAAGAAGUGAAAAGUCUCAUUGGUGACAUCUUAUCAUUUCAGCGUGAAGCAGAGUUGGUGGGUGAAGACCAGGCCAAGCAACUUACUGACGUCAAUCUACGUCAGACUGUGUCUGAUAUAUUUUCAGUCACUGUGGCCCAUUAUAUGUUUUAUCCAGCUAGAAUUAUUCUCAACUGCUUCAUCGAGAGCACAUUUAAGUAUGUGGUUAUCAGGUAUUUAGCCUGA